UGCGCCAUAAUAGUUUCAGCUCGUCCAGUAAGCUAACUCGAGUAGCCGUGCUGUUAUUGUUUUUUCUCUCGCCAGAAUGGCCACGGCGAAGAAGGGGAAGAAAGUUGUGAAUCAAGAGGAACUCAGGCGCUUGAUGAGAGAGAAGCAAAGGCAAACGUCUGGGAAAAAGCGCGUGGAGUCCCCGUUUGCUAAAUAUAACAGCUUGGGCCACUUGAGCUGUGUGCUGUGCAAUACGCAGGUGAAGUCGGAGCUUCUGUGGCCCGCUCACGUACUCGGGAAACUGCACAAGGAGAAAGCGAGCGAGCAAAAAGAGGGGAAACAAACACCACAAAGUCAACCAGUGAAAAGAAAAGCGACGGACGACGACAAGGACGUCAACGGAAAAAGGGCGAAAUCAACGCCGGAUGCAGGUCAGUCCGCCUCGGCGGUACCUGAAGAUUUGUUUGCGAAACCGAACUCUGUCAAAAAGUCUGAAGGCGUUAGUUUCCUCGCGGGAGUCUAUGAUGACGACGAGGAGGAGGCGACUGUGGUAGCAGGGACGACCGCCGCCGCUCCUCAAGCCGCCGGACUACCAGCGGACUUCUUUGACAGCUCCAUCCCGUCCGCCCCAGCCGUCUCCCACUCGGGCUCCAUCGCCAAGGCGGAGGCGCCACCGCCGCCGGAGAAAAGCGCCGAGAAAAAGGACAACACGGCCGAGGCGCUACCCGAAGGCUUCUUCGACGAUCCGGUGCGGGACGCCAAGGUGCGCAACGUGGACGCGCCCAAGGACCACAUGGACAAGGAGUGGGAAGAGUUCCAGAAGGAGAUACGGCAGGUGAACACCAAGUCGGAGGCUAUCGUGGCUGAGGACGACGAGGAGGGCCGCCUCGAGCGACAGAUCGACGAGAUCGACGAGCAGAUCGAGUGUUACAAGAGGGUGGAGAUGCUGAGGGACAAGAGGGACGUGGCGAAAAGAAGGUCUCAGCCGAGGAGGGAGGAACCCAUGGAGACUGAAACCAAAAUGGAGGAGGAAGAAGAGGAGAAUGAAGAAGAACUACUUGGACUUUUGUCCCAGGACUGGAGGGCGAAAGGAGCACUGGCAUGAUUAAUGUACAAAAGUAAAACUCACCACCAACUGAAAUGUUUGUAAUUGUCAACAUUAAAUAUCAGGAAACAGCAGUGAAACGUCUUUCAAAUCACAGACCACCAUCCCAAAAAUGUUUUAACUCUUUAUUCAUUGAUGCUCACAAACAAAACACAAAUAAAAUCUCAUCGUGGCAGCAUUUAGAUCAGGGAUGGAGAACCAGUCCUCCAAGAGCCAUCCUAAAUCAAUGAAAAAUAUGAUCAAACUAAUGUUAAUUAUACUUUCUGAGCGUUUGUAGGUUAAAUGUGUUUUAGGCCAUUAGUUCCCCAUCCCUGAUCUACAGCAACACCUUUCACAGUGGCCCCUGCCGUUGCAUUCCGAGCUCAAUGUCUGAACUACCGCCGCGUGGUUGACAAUUCUAGCUUUGUCAUAAAUAAAUGUUUACAUGUUACAUUAUUAUAAGCAACUUGCAAAGCACAACUUAAAAGAACAAUGUUUAAGCUCAGAAUUCUAAAAUAACUCCUCCAACACCUUGAACAAAAUGAAAUGAGAAUUUACAGAGUGGUCAUUUUAUGGAAAAUUCCAUAAAUACACCAUUAGGCUGCCCAUAAUAUGAAGUCCAUUAUAAGAGUGAUGUCAGUGCUUGUUGUACUACCUGUUACACAUUCAUCUUGAUGUGCCUACUGCAGGCAUGGAGAGCCAUUUUCUUAUUUUAUCAAGUUAUUCAUGGGCCAUACUGCAAAAAAUGAUACCUUGAUCAAUUAUUUAUUGUGUUUUUGACCCAUGUGCUGUAGGUUGCCCACCUCUGCUCAACUGCAUGCUAUGUCUCUUAAUUAUUGCUACAUAAAUAUCUUGGUGUUUCCAAGUGAACAUAGCCCUUCAAAUCUUGUUUAACGGGGGGGGACGGG